UAGUAAUCGUACCCGUGAUAGUGUCAUGUGCAAAAUGCGUGCUGUAUCAUACCUGUUGGGAAAUAAUAAUAAUAGAAAAAGACACAAGAGAGAUUUCGUUCGCUUAAGGACAUCAAAUUGACUGCAUUGAAGCCAGUUGCCAUGACCAGCUAUUCCGAUCGCCACUCAUUAAGCUUUUCCAAUCGUUCUGGCCCACCACGUCGUCAUAGCCUAACCCCACACAGCUACGGGGUGACCGUCAGGCAUGGAUCCCUUUCUUGUGGCAUAAACGACGACGACUACAGAAACACCCUCCCACAGUCCGUAAUAGAGCGUAAAAUGUCCGCUGCGCAGCCGGACUAUGGCGCUAAUUUAGAAGGCUCGUCCAUCAACGAUGAGGUGUAUCUCAUACACAAGCAGCCACACAUGUCGGCAAGAAAGUGGCUUGUGGCGCCGUACUGUUUCCUCAGUAUGGCCGCCUACAUAUCAUCGUCGGCGGCGUUUACGCAGUACCUGUACAGGCGUGUUCAGGAACAACUGUUUCCAAACGUGAACCAGAUAAACGAAACGGUCGGCUGCUUUGUCAACACCAGUGAUCCAAACUUCGAAAUGCAGACGAGAGUGCAGCAGGAGGCAGCCGUUUGGAGCAUGUAUUAUAAUUUGGCCGUUGGAAUUCCGGCGUUGUUUGCAUGCAUCUUUUUGGGCUCUUCGUCCGACAAGUUUGGGCGGAAGUUCUUGUUUGUGUUUCCAUGUCUUGGUGUAAUGAUCAGAACGGGAGUGUGUGUGGCAGGGAUUUAUUUUAAGUUUAACCUUAAAUACUUUAUCAUCGGAUUUUUUAUAGAAGGACUUCUCGGUUACAUUCCAACCAUGCUACUCGCAUGUUUCACGUACAUCGCCGAUAUCACUCCACAAAUAGGCAAGAAAAGGUCGCUAGGAAUAACACUCAUAGAACUGUUCAACGGUGUAGGGGGAACAGUGGUCAGCUUCGUAUUCGGAUAUUUCAUCCAAGACACUGGCUUCUUCUACCCAAUGCUUACUUCCGGAAUCUUAGUAGUGAUUGCCCUCGUUUUGAUAUGCUUCUUACCUGAAAGUUUCCCUCCGGACAAACGGAACCCCGAGGGCAGCGUGCUUGACAAAAUAUUUACAUCCUUCAAGUUUUUUUUCUCAUCUGCGGACGCUGGUAGCCGGUGGAUGUACAACAUUCUCAUACUCGCCUUCUCCAUCACCGUGUUAAGCGGUUUUGGUACCGAUAGCGUGGAGCCUCUUUACCAACUGAAUGCUCCGUUCUGUUGGAGCCCGGAGAAGCUCGGGUACUAUGGAGCCGCAAAGUAUCUGCUCCAGAACGUGGUAGGAAUGGGUCUGAUAAAGCUCAUGCAGGCAGUCAUGGCGGACGAGUCUAUUGCGAUGAUUGGCUGUGUGACGUAUGCCGCAAACUAUGCGAUUGAAGGACUUGCACAAAAUGACCUGUAUUUGUACAUAGGUGCCAUAAUAGGAGCUCCUGGGAUUCUCACUGUCCCGAUAAUUCGAUCUCUGAUGUCCAAACUCACCUCAACUGAGAAACAAGGGGCACUAUUUUCGGCCAUAGCUGCCGUGGAGACGAUCAUUAAUAUGGGUGGCACCGCAGCAGGAAAUGAGAUCUACUCGGCCACCAUCAGCUACUACAGAGGCUUCGUGUUCUUCAUAUUCGCCGGAGCCAGUAUCGUCUGCUUGAUAUGUUUAGGCAUUUACCGAGUUGGUUCCCGUCGAACGUUCCCUACACCUAUAGAUGUUUAAGAGCGCUUUGUUUAAUAACGGGGGAAAAAAAUAACAUUAUUAAAGACACAGACUUUGUUUUAAUAAUAUCUAGAGCAAUCUGUUACAAUUUAACUAUUAAAAAGCGAUAUUUAAUACAUAUCAGCACAGUUAUUGUCCUUUUGGUGGAAAAGAAAGAAAUGUUGAAGUGGAUCUUAUUCAUGAUCAAAAUUUAUUUUUAAAUAUAUCUCAGUCCAUUUUUUCGUUAGUUUGUCGAUGUCGAAAGAGAUUGUUCGUGAAGUACUAUGAUCAGAGAGAUAACCCUUUUAGUAUAUUUCUCAUCAGAAUCGAACAAGUUUUUGUCCUUAGUGUGCGAAAUCAAUCAAUAUGUAAACAUAUAUUAUUUUUCAAUUCAGGGAUAGUAAUAUGGACAUGUAAAAUAAAAAUUGAACCGAU